GCUUAGUUUCUUCUGAGAUUUCGUGCUUGUUAUAUCGUUGAAAAUUUUAAACAUUAAAAUAUUUAAAUUAAUUGUGUGUAAUAAAAGAUAAUAAAUAGACAAAUUAAUAAAGCGUCAAUAAUGAUGUCAGAACAAGUCAAAUAUGUGAUAUUUUUAAUGCUGGUGACAGCAUCAUGCGUAAAAAUGCAACGAGAUCGAGCUCCGCCAGAUAUAACAGCCCAAGAGAGGCAAUUUAGAGUUGUCUAUGAAUGGAGAACACUAGACUUUGCUUUUCGCAAUGAACAAGAACGUUCUGCAGCUGUUUUUAGAGGAGAAUAUAUACCCAAAAAUGUGAUCAUAUCAGAUAUUAAGCCUUACGCAAACAGAUUGUAUGUGACGGUUCCUCGAAUGUUGCCUGGAUCGCCUGCAACCUUAGGCUACCUUAUAGCACCAGAUAAUAACGGCAAAACAGACCCGGAAAUUGAACCGUACCCAAGUUGGGCAAUGAAUCAAGUCGGCAACUGUUCAGCCCUUCAAUUCGUGCAAGGAAUUGCAAUAGAUGCUAGAGGAAUUUUAUGGGCAGUAGAUAGCGGUCGUGUCAACACAUUGCUUCCAGCAAACAAUCAGCUCGUUUGUAAUCCCAAACUUAUGCUGUUUGACUUGAAACGUAAUGGAUCGUUGGUUUUGCGAUACGAUUUUCCUGAAGAAGUUGUCGCGAGAGGCACAAAUUAUUUAAAUAAAAUUGUCGUCGAUGACGCUAAUGGUGAUUUUGCUUAUAUUACGGAUAAUAACGGCGCUGACCCUGGAAUUGUUGUGUUCAGUCGUAGAAUCAAUAGAGCAUGGAAAGUUCGUGAAAGCACAUCAAUGAGAGCUAACAGGGAUGCUUUAUCAUUCAUUGUGAAUGGAACUAGCUUAAAUUUCUCAAUUCACAUCGAUGGCAUAGCUUUAGGGCCAUAUUAUAAUCCAUCAACAGGUGAUGUCACUACAGAUGCUGCCGGCAGCUAUUCAGUGCAACAAAAUUACGAAAGAAAUGUCUUUUAUUCACCAUUAAGUAGCUAUCAUCUUUACUCAAUACCUGCGACUCGUCUUCGCGACCCAGACUUUGCAAGAAAGGCAACGCCCCGUCAAGUUUUCGAAGCUGUAACUGAUCAUGGAUUGAAAACAUCUCAGUCGGACGGUAUGACGAUGGACAACAAUGGAUAUCUGUAUUUUGGAUUACUUGCUAAUCAUGCAAUUUGCAAAUGGGAUUCUUAUCGUCCAUUUACAUAUGAUAAUCAGCAAAUUGUCGCUCGUGACAAGGUUCAUAUUCAAUGGACAGAUGGUAUGGGCUUUGAUGAGAAUGGAUAUCUUUAUGUAGUAGUCAAUCGUCUUCAUAAUUUCGUUGCUGGAAGAUUGCGUGAAGAUGAAGUCAAUUUUAGAAUAUUAAGAUCCAAAACUGGUACAAUCUCUUAUGUACACACUGGACGUCCGUCAUUAACAGAAGAGAAUAUUCUAAAUAUCGGUGGAAGUGGACCAAUUUACGAUAUUCACAGCAACACAUUAGGCAGUGGAUUUAUUUCAUCAACAACACCAAUUUCUUUAGGAAGUAUAGGAGGUCAGUACUAUAACAGCUCACCAUCAUCAUCAAGUAAAACAACAAGUCUUCUGCUGUUUGGAUUAUUGGCGGUCUUUAUUAAGUAUUUAAUUUAAUUUAGUUUUGUUGCCCUCUUAUUUUUACGUCAUAGACGUAUAAUCAAGAAAUUUCAUGCUUUAUAUCUCUUCAAAGCCAAAAACACUAAUUUUUUUUCAUUUAAUAAUUGCAAAUGAAUUCUUAAAAAAUACCAACAACAAACAUAUUUUAUGAUUUCACGCGCUCGUUGUUUGUGUGCGAUGAUUCAAAAAAAGUUUUACUGCUGUAGAUUUUCAUACCAUUAUUGACCAUCAAUGUAAGGACUACCUAGAAAAUCUUAAUUAGGCCUAUUUGUAAGCCAUAAAAUCUUUAUUCUCAAUUACUUUAUUAUUUCGCACUACAUUUAAGACAAUUCUAUCAGUUUCUAUGAAUAGAUUUAUAUUAUUUAAUUGUUGAAUUAAAAACCUAGUCUUAAUUUUCAAGUAUUAUUUUUAAUUGAUCUGAAUUUUACUGUGUUUUUGAAGCUGAUUGAGAGGUGGAACUUAACAGAUACAAUUUUAAAACUGUUCAAAUGUUUUACAAAACCAUACAAAUUCAUUUAAAAUGUGUCUUAAAACACUCCAAAUUCUUUUUAAAAAAAUCUCAGAAUCAUACAAAUUCCGGAAAUGGUUGUCAAAGCUAUACAAAUGUUUUGAAAUUGUCUCAAAACCUUUCAAAUGUUUUAAUUUUCGAUAAAAUGAAUUUGUAUUGUUUUGAAUUCAAGAUGUGCUUUAAAACUUUACAAAUUCUGGAAAUGGCUGUCAAAGCUAUACAAAUGUUUUUUAAAAAAAUAACUCAAAACCUUACAAAUGAUUUUUAUUCUUGCAAGAUGAAUUUGUAUUGUUUUGAAUUCACAAAUCGAAUAAAAUUCAUAAUUUUGAAAAAAAACUUUCCAUUUUUCUCGCGGUUUUGGAUAAGAAACUCCAAUCAACCUCAACCACAGUUAAAUAAUUAACAAUAUCAUCACUUUCUCAUCUUCUGUUUAAUUAAAUACGUGAAAAGGUUGUACUUCAUGCGACCAAACAAAAAAUUACCAACUUAACAAAGGUUAUUAAAUAUUAUGUUAAUGUUAAAGUUAUAAAUGAAAUGUUUUUUGUAUAUUAAAGUUAUUUGACUUUAGUAAUGUCACGAUUCAUUCUAAAUGAAAAUAAAAAUCGUAAUAAAUUAUUUUAG